UGAAAAAUGUAGUCUUUUUGAUGUUCAUUGAAUUGUUUAUGGAUUUCUGGGGUUUGGUGAUACUUGUUGAAAUAAAUCAUGGUUUCUUUAAUGUACCAUUUUUGUUGUAUAUUUGGUUUUCAUCUGUUUGUUUGUUUGUUUAUGUUUGGGACAGUUGAAGGCAAUGAAAUGUGAAUGCAAAUUGGGAUUAUUUUGGAGAUGAAACAACAUUAUUAUGAAAAUGAGGGACUGUCUGUUUUUUUCCUUUUUUCUGCGAAAAAUAACUAUGAACAUUGAUUGUUGAUAAUUUGUGUGGUGUGUUUUAGUUAUCUUUGAAUGUUGUCUUUUUGUAUAUAUUAUCUGAUGCAUGAGACCAUGUGCAAUGUUGUUAUCAGUGUGACUUCUUAGUUGGAGGAAACCUUUUAACGUUCUUCAGAGCUUCGUGGGGUGGGUUCUAUCUUUACCGUCAUUUGAUUCUUGAUUUAGCUAUGUCAAAGGGAAGAAUAACUAAAACUAUAGAGACGUAUACCUAAAUGCUAAUAUCUUUUAGAAAUGCUCUGUUAUUUUUCUGUUGUAUGUGCUAAUUUUUCCAUUAAAGAUAUAAUUUUGAUACUCCCUACUCUAAUUUUUGGUUUAACAAGGCUCUACUUUAGUUAGUGUAUCACAUUCUCUUCGGUAAAUGAAUUCAGUUAGCUUUAGGUGUUGGUUAAGCUCUCCCUAUGUGCUAUAUUUGAGUUCAUAAAAAGAUAUGUUAGGGAUCCACAGAGAGCUCACUUUCAUUCAAAGGUGGUUUUGCAAGGAAAACAAGUACCUCAUGGUGCUUCUAUUUUGCUGUCAAAUGCUGGAAGAGACUGAAGCUAUAUAUUUUUUAUGAAGUAAUCAAAUUUUAUCAACUAAAAGGGCAAAUAGCGUCUGUAUACAAGGUGUAUACCUUAAAACUAGGAGUAUACAAAUAUAGUUUUCUACAAAUAGAACUAUUUUGUCAAGUGCAACCAACUUAAGAGCAUGUAUACUUUUUUAUAAGCUCAUGGCUUUUAUGUAGAAGAUUUUCUUGGAUUUUGAUUGUAUAUUUGGAUAAGAUUAAAAAUGACCACAUUCACCAAAAGCUGCAGGUAGCACACAUUGAGAAUAAGUGAGAGCUGCCAACUUGACAUGGCUUGGUCACGUUCUACAUCGACCUACAUAUGCACUAGUCCAUAGGUGUGGAACUAUGAUGAGUAAAAGUGCUAAAAGGGGAUGGGGUUGAUCUAAAAUCACAUGGAAAGAAAUUGUCUACAAAGACCAACAAUUUCUUAGAAUCAGUGCUGACUUAGCUAAAAUUAGGGCACAAUGGAAGAUAAAGAUUCGUAUAGGUGAUAUCUUUUAGGUGGGAAUAGGUUUAGUCUUGUUAGUACGUUCAUGUUGAACCUGUUGCUUUUCUAGGAGCAUUUUGACCUAAUCAAUUUAUAUGUACACAACAUAUUUUUCACAUUUAUUUUUGUUUGGUAUGAAUUAUGAUGAUGACAUGAGUUAAGAUUAAACAGAGAAACAUGGUCAGUGAGGUAUCAUGUAGCCGACCCCAACUUGUUCGGGAUUGAGGCAUAGUUAUUAUUGUUGAUUGCAUAUUUAGUCUUAAUUCAUUAUUGAUGGUUGUUUAACACACAUUUGGUUUUCCGAUAUAGUGUUCUUAACUUCAUAUUUGUUGCGCAAGGUACAUGACAGCUUAAAAUGUUGAUUUGAUGAUUAUUCAUGAUCAAUUGACCAAAUUCACAUCAUGUAGGACAUUCUCUUAAUUCUUUUUAAAAUCCAUUUGGAGAUAGAUACACCAAAGCAUGGAUGAUGUCGACAUAGAAUUGGAUGAACUGGAAUUAGUUGCUGCUGCUGCUGGUUACCACUAUUAUAAUUGUAUAGCUAGGCAGCCUUCUCGUGGUUCAACUCCUAAAGGGUCUGGGUUUUUGAGCGAACUGCUCAGUGCCGACAAUGAUGUGUGUCGGGAAAUGUUAAGGAUGGAUAAACAUGUUUUUCACAAGCUAUGUAACAUCCUUCGAGAAAGAGCCAUGCUACGUGACACAGCUGGUGUUAUGAUAGAGGAGCAAUUGGCAAUCUUUUUGAACAUUGUUGGCCACAAUGAACGCAACAGGGUAAUACAAGAGCGUUAUCAGCACUCUGGUGAAACAAUAAGCAGGCAUUUUAAUAAUGUAUUGAGGGCACUUAAGUCAUUGUCACGCGAGUUCCUUCAACUUCCUCCAGUCAGCACUCCUCUCCAGAUCCUUGAAAGUAAUAGAUUCUACCCGUAUUUUGAGGAUUGCGUUGGUGUGAUUGAUGGCAUGCGUAUCCCUGCUCAUGUGCCAGCCAAGGAUCAAUCUCGUUUUCGUAAUAGGAAGGGUAAUUUGACCCAAAAUGUAUUGGCAGCGUGCACAUUGGAUCUCCAAUUUAUAUUUGUCUACCCUGGCUGGGAAGGCUCAGCUACAGAUUCACGGGUACUGAGAGCAGUUCUAGAUGAUCCUGAUCAAAAUUUCCCUCCAAUUCCUGAAGGGAAAUAUUAUCUCGUUGAUACAGGUUAUGUUAAUAUGAAUGGAUUUAUUGCUCCAUUUCCAGGAAUUCGUUAUCAUCUUCCUGAAUAUCGGGGUGCUAAUCUAUUACCUAGAAAUGCGAACGAGUUAUUUAACCACCGGCAUGCAUCACUUAGAAAUGCCAUUCAGAAAUCUUUUGAUGUGCUGAAAACAAGAUUUCCAAUCCUCAAACUUGCUCCUCAAUAUGCUUUUCAUACACAGAGGGACAUUGUUAUAGCUGCAUGUGUUAUUCACAAUCACAUCCGGCGUGAGGAUAAGAGUGACUGGUUGUUUAAAGACAUUGAAGGAAGAUAUGUAGAAGAGUUGCCUGAUUUAGAUGACAAUCCUGAUCCACACUUGGCUUUUCAGGUACAAGAACAGAGUGCCUCUGCAUUGAGAGAUUCCAUUACAGCAGCAAUGUGGAAUGACUUUAUCAAUAAAUGGGAUGAGUGGUGAUUCAUGCUUCUUGGAGAAAAGAUGUGAAUACUUUCAUGUGUUCAUGGGAUGAGUGGAGAAAAGUUAUACCCCAUAUUCACAAUAUAAUUUUAUUUUUUGAUGACGGUGGUGUUCGGGAUAGCUUCCGCACACCUAGACUAGUUCCACCGGGUACCUGCUGCUUCUCGCCAGCAGUUACCGGGAGCGAUCUAUUUUAGAACCUUAUAUGUAAGAUGCUAGAUUUUGAAUAGAGGUUUGGACCUGACUACUUUCCUGGAUAUACUGUCAAAGAGGAAAGGUAGAUUUGGUGUUUGCCAUAGUGAGAAGCAUUCAGUUUUUGCUUUGUCAUAGUAAGUUUGUAAUACUAGCAAGAUAACACUCAUCCUUCAACCUGAGAAUCAUCUUCUUUUCCUUUUUCUGUGCCCAAA